UACGCCCAGGCCUUGGCCCACUUCAUCCAGAGCCAAAGCAUCCGGGAGCUGAAGGUGUGGACCAGCCACCUACGCCGCACCAUUGAGACGGCCGAGGCCCUGGGGGUUCCCUACGAGCAGUGGAAAGCCCUCAACGAGCUCGACGCGGGCGUCUGCGAGGAGAUGACCUACGAGGAGAUCCAGCAGCGCUACCCCAAAGAGUUCGCUCUCCGCGACCACAGCCCUUAUUUCAGCGCCAAACCACCCCCCUUCAAAUUAAAGUCCUACGAGGACCUGGUGCAGCGCUUGGAGCCGGUGAUCAUGGAGCUGGAGCGGCAGGAGAACGUCUUGGUCAUCUGCCACCAAGCGGUCAUGCGUUGUUUGCUGGCUUAUUUCCUGGAUAAAAGCGCGGAUGAGCUGCCCUAC